CACGAGCUUGCUGGAGCUGUAUUUUUAGGCGCAUUUAUUGAGGAGCCUAGGUGACCGAGUAAGACUGCGCACCCGUCCCCGCAGUCGUCAUGAUGGAGCUGCAGCGCAAAGAAUACCCAGCAGUGCUGCAAAGCCUCUCGCCCGCGCAGGCCGUCGACGUCCUCAAUGGGCGCAUGAAGCACGUGAGCCAAUUGAACACGCAGAUCGCAGACUGGCUGCAGGAGCGGCGUCGCGUCGAAGAACAGUACGUCCAGGGUCUGCGGAAGCUGGCGAACAGGCACCCGCCGGAUGAGGCGUCGGAACUGGGCAUCUUCUCGGUGCCAUGGCAGAAGAUCGUGAGCGCGACCGGCGCGGUUGCCGGAUCCCACGAGCACCUCGCACGGAAGAUCGAGUCAGACGUCGAGCGACCGCUGCGCGACUUCUGCGCAAAUGACCGCGAAGUGCUGGCCAUGAGCAACAUGUCCGGCAACCUGACCGCAAUGGCCAAGGAGCUGGAGGCUGCGCGGAAGAAGUCAGAGAAGCUCAAGAGCAAGGGCGCGAAGGCGAGGCCGUCUGAGGUUGGCGAGGCCGCGCAGGAGGAGCAGAAUGCCGAGCUCCAGUGGGACUCGCAGGCGCCGUUCGUCUACGAGAAGCUGCAGGCCGUCGACGAGAGCCGCCUCAACCACCUGCGAGACGCCCUCACGCAGUUCCAGACACACGAGGUGGACCAGGUCGAGCGCAGCAGGGUCACCGCCGAGGAGACGCUCAAUGUGCUCUUGAACAUCGAGACAGCAGACGAAAUACAGACAUGGCCGCUGAGGCUGCGCAAUGGAGACAUUCCUCAGCCGAGCCGCAAAAUGAGCAACCCACCGCCAGCCUCGCCAGGCAGAUCCCUUGCGCCGCCCCCAGUACCGUCCGCAGCUGGCCCGGCCGACGAUGCUCGAAGCCAGAAAAGUGGUUCCAAGGAAGAAAAGCACAGCUCGAACCCACUGAAGCGAUUUGGAACCGUGCUCGGUCGUAGGAGACAGAGCGCUCACCCAUACGGUCGUGCCUCUUCGCCUGAGGGAAAGUCAUCGUCAAACCUCAGCUCAGCAUUCGGCUUUGGAAAGAGCAAGAACAAGGACAAGGAUCUGCCUCCUCCGUCUUCUUCGGCAGAUCGACCACGCUCGCCCCUGAGACGCCUGUCCUCGAGACGUGAAUCUGAAAGAGCGCCUACGCCAGAACGCCCUCCACCAUCGAGAGACGUGAACGAAACGAACGGAACUGCUGCCGAUGACAUUGGAACAAUUCCCGCUCUCGCUCCUGUCAACGCUCCAACCAAUGGAACUACACAGAACUCGAUUCCCGAACUGAACGAAACGCUGGCCCCUCCGUCAGUCGCAGAGCCCAAGGCUGAACCUGAGAAGGAUGCUGAGGGUUUCUCCGUGCCCCCUUCGGCACUAGACGCCAUCACAGAGGCGGAGCGCGAAGCGGGAUUCACUCAAAGCGAGAGCUACUCCACACCCCAGUUCAAGCUAGACAUUAGAAACGCGCCAAUUCAAGAAGAGGGAGAGGACAAUGACGCAGCGAUGGCCAGUGUGGUCAAUACCCUGCGAGCGCAAGCGGCCCCACCGAAGCGGAACAGCACGCUCCGAGGACGCCGCGAUGUUCGUAACACGAUAUUCGUGCCUAAUCCCGCGGUGCCAGAACUGCAGAGCAUAGGAGAGUCACCCUCACCGGCGCUUCCUGCUACUGGCUCGGCUCCGCCGAGUGCUACAUUCCCGUCUCCCAGCACGCCUACGGUGUUUCCUCCGCUGAUCCCUCCUCCACAGCCCGCUUCUCCGGUCUACAAGCUUCCCCACAGAGCAUUGCUGAGUGACGAACAUGCGGCACCAGCAUCAGACACCCAGUCCAUUCGUUCGGGCCGAUCGUUGAGCAGCUCCGCUAGCACAACCGUCAAGCACCCGGACCUGCACGAGCCCGGAUUGAACGCCUCACUCGUGGAGACCGUCAGUGCAUGGUUCGAACAAGGCAGCGUGACCAAGGCCAUGGUGAUUGGGCAGGUGGCGCUCGCUUUCAAUCCCGUCGACAUCUCCGCUGGCCCAUUUGGCACUGAGCACAUUCGAUUGGAGAAUUUUCCCGUUCUGGAGAAGGUGGCGCCUAACCCGGCGUUCAUCGAGCAGAUCCCGGAGAACCCAGGCAACUACAGCGUUGACCUGGCCAAGAUCAUGAAGACAUCGGUUGCAUUCCACUACCAGCUGCACAUCGAGAAUAACAGCAUUGCAUCACUGGCGCCCAUCAUACUGACCCCGCUAUGGAAAGCAGAACCAUCACAGGUUUCUGCUAUCCUCAACUAUAGCCUCAAUCCACAGUUUGAUCUGCGAGGUGCAUCAAGCGUCACAGUCCGCAACCUCGUCCUAGUCAUCCGCCUCGAGCCCGGGUCCAGAGCUACAUCAUGCCAGUCCAAACCCGCAGGCACCUUCAGCCGCGACAAGGGCCUUAUCUACUGGCGACUCGGCGACGUGACGCUCGGUCGCGACCAGCCUGCACAAAGCAUCCGCGCGCGCUUCGUCACAGAGGGCGAAGCGAAGCCCGGCAACACUGAAGCAAGAUGGGAGAUCAACGGUGCCGAGUCUCUGACGCUCGGCAGCGGGCUUGGUGUUAGUGUAAGCGAGACAGAGGAGAAGGGCGAGGUGGAGGCAGAUCCGUUUGCGGAUGAGGAUGCGGUGUCUUCUGCUGCGCCGAGUGUGAUGUGGAAGGCUGUGCCCAGCGUCAAGCGGAUCACGAGUGGAACGUAUCUUGGUGUGUAGUUGGGUGGGAUAAUGGGCUAUUGUGAGAGUGAGAGUAAUACCGUGAUUCUUGUAAAUAUCGUUAGUCGUAGUCGUAGUCGUUUUGGUCGAGGUUCAAGUCAUUGCUCCUUCACCG